ACACUCACUUCGAAGCAGUUCAUUCAAUUAAGUCAGAGACAAAUAAACAAAAAAAGGUAAGAUAAAACCACAAUGAACUCUGCGUAUUAUAAAAGUAACUUGAUAAUGCAAAUUUCUUAGUCUACGAAAUCCAUUACUGCGCCACAAUCUAUAUAGAAUAGUAAGCGCAGUAUAAAUCGAGCAAUGUAUCUAAAAUACGGUGAAAACUCACUUAAGUCACAUUAACAAGCAUCGAUGAUAUAACGUGUCCAAAUAACGUAGACCUUUCAAAUAGUUAGGUUACUUUGAGCUGAUCGAUCAUAUUCACUGGUUUUUGAUGAAAAAUAAAAUGAUAGGAAGUUACCUAAAAUUGGAAUGUACUAUGAUAGAGUAUAAAAUGCCGAGCUGGCUAUUGUGACAUUACUUUUACUUGUGACACCGGGGAACUAGCAACGAUGUGUGUUAUUCAGGCAUAUUUACUUAGCGCGCUUGUGGUGGUGUCUUCAGCCCAUUACGCCUGGGACCCGUACAUGCAGUACAGGCAGUACGCACAGGCACAGGCACAGGCACAGGCACAGGCUAGGCAAGACCAGGCAGAUCAACAGCUGCAGGCAUCAGACUACAGUGGCGGCUACGAACAAAACUCCGGGUCGGAUGGCCACGACUUCGGAGGCCAAGGUGACUACGGCGGCACUCAAGAUUUCGGUGGUCAUGGAUUUAGUGGGCACGACCUGAAGGCCCACUCAUAUCCAGUUCACCAACACGUGGAAGAAGAGAACCCAGAAGAGAUAAAGCAUUACAAGGAAGUCGUUGUACCAAUCCCUAAAAACGUAGAGUUCAAAAUCCACCAGCCUAUCCUCAUUCCGGUGCCGCAUCCCGUUCCUAUUCAAGUGCCAGUGCCAAAGGCGGUCGUAAUACCUAUUAUUAAAGAAAUUUCUAUUCCCGUUGAGAAGUCGGUACCGUAUCCCGUAGAGAAACAGGUACAUGUACCAAAAAUUAAGGAAGUGCCGUUCGAGGUAGUGAAGCAUGUUAUCGUGCCAGUUGAGAAACCUGUGCCUUUUAAAGUACCUGUUUAUGAAACCAUCAUACAUACUAAGAAAGGUUCCCAUAAGAUUUAAGCCGUCUGAUAAUUUUAGUUUUCUUCCCACCUCUUGGCUGAAACUAUGUACAUUCUUCUAAAUACUUAUAGAUACCUACCUACACUAAAUCUUUGCUUUGCUUAAAAAAUAAUGUUAUUAGCCGUUUGAACUGAAUUAUUUUAAUAGCUAUUAGAACAGGUUAAAUGCAUUAAACGUUAAAAUAUGAACCGAUAAAUCUAUUUGUGGGUGAAUGUGUAACAAUAUUAUUUAUUUCAUUACUUUCUAUUAAACCUAGUGCGUGACUUUCUUUUUGUGUACAAUAAUGUCAAUAAUAUAUUGUGAGUGUGAUUGUGUCAUGUUUGUGUAGAUAUUUAGUACUAAGAUAGAAUAUAAAACAUUGUUACUGUU